CUUCACAUAUAAGGAUGCCGAAUUGGGGAGGUGGAGCCAAAUGUGGUGCCUGUGAAAAAACAGUGUACCACGCUGAGGAAAUCCAGUGCAAUGGAAGGAGUUUUCACAAGACAUGCUUCCUCUGCAUGGCUUGCAGGAAAGCUCUGGACAGUACCACAGUAGCAGCUCACGAAUCUGAAAUCUACUGCAAAACUUGUUACGGGAGAAAAUAUGGCCCCAAAGGUAUUGGCUUUGGACAAGGGGCAGGAUGUCUCAGCACUGAUACUGGCGACCACCUAGGCUUGAAUCUGCAACAGGGGUCACCAAAGUCUUCUCACCCUUCUACACCAACUAAUCCUUCGAAGUUUGCCAAAAAGAUGGUAGAUGUGGAUAAAUGUCCUCGUUGUGGCAAAUCAGUGUAUGCUGCAGAGAAGAUCAUGGGAGGAGGAAAACCUUGGCAUAAGACGUGCUUCCGCUGUGCUAUUUGUGGAAAGAGUCUAGAAUCUACAAAUGUUACAGACAAAGAUGGAGAGCUCUACUGUAAAGUUUGCUAUGCAAAAAAUUUCGGUCCCAAAGGAAUUGGGUUUGGUGGCCUCACUCAAGUGGAAAAGAAGGAGUGUGAAUGAGAAGAAAUGGAUGCAAUAGACUCAAAGUGCUAGAGUGAUAGUUGUCAAGUAAAACAUUAAACAUCACAUAUUGCUAAGAACCUAGGGCAUUUGUUUAAUAUUUUCCACCUUGCAGGAAAAACUUGUGAAUAGUUCUGAAGAAAAAUAACAUUUUCUUAGAAUACAGUGUUGUAAGUUUUGUUAUCGUAUGUUUUCAAGCUACAAUAAAGUACUGAUAUUG